AUGCUUAAUCGGAUAGAGGUUCCCGAUUGGGCCGUAACUGUAAGACACCAACAGAUCUCAGGCUUAUCAUUCUGUUCGUAUGUUGUUGAUUGGUUUUUGUAUAUUGUUAUCUUAUUGGUGUUCAGUAUCUAUGGUACCACAGCUGCUCCUCGGUAUCAUGAGUUUCUGCUCCAUGAUAUAAACUUGUUGUAUACCUAUAAGUCAGAAGAUGAGACUGCUGUGCCGUUGUUACCUUUAAUAGUAAUUGCUAUUGGACUCCCCAUAUUUCAAUUUAUAGCAUGUUCAGUUAUUAAUGGAGCAACACUAUCAUCUUCAAGAAAAUUCUGGGAUAUAUAUAUUGGCUUGAUGUGUUUAUGUGGGAGUAUGUCCAUCCAACUAAUGGUAACUGUGAUUCUCAAAAACAUAUGUGGUUUACCAAGGCCAGAUAUGAUUUCAAGAUGUCAGCCCAACUUAAGAGUUGAAGUACCCCUUUUGCAAUUGUCAACUGUUUCAAUAUGUUCUAAUCCGGAUAUUGCUCUAAUCCAAGAAGGAUUCAGAACAUUUCCUAGUGGUCACCUGUCAACUGUCUUCUGUGGGAUGGUUUUAAGCAGUUUGAAUAUUGCAGGUAAGUUACAAGUGUUUGAUAAACGUGGUAUAUCGUUCAAAGUAACUUUAGCUAUAUUGCCUAUUAUGAUUUCUUGUUUUGUUUCUUGUACCAGAAUUAGUGAUAAUCGUCACUUUCUAAGAGAUGUUAUUGGAGGGUCAAUUAUAGGAGCAAGUGUAUCAAUUUGGUUUUACUCACAAUACUUCCCCAGCAUAUUUAAUUUACAAAACUGUGGGAGAGCAUAUCCUCCACGACGAUUUGGAGUAGAGAAGUUUCUUAAUAAUGUGGGAGGCUUCUGGAAAAUCAAGGAUACUUUGCCUGGUGCAUAUAAUGAAAGGAUACUUAACUCUCCUGAAGCAAUUAAACAAGUUGAAAAGAUUGAACAUGUUAAUGACAAUGGAGAAGAUAUGACAGCUGUAUCAGCAAACAUACAGUUAUUCAAUAACUUAAAGAGAAAACUUAAAGACAAAUAUUACAAUCUCAAUACCACUGAUAGUCAAUUACCACUAUAA